UCAUUUUGUGAAAUCCAAUCCGUGUCUGUCUCCAUGGAACUUCAGAGCGUCUCUCAAUGCCGAACACACUCGGCUCUUUCCGACUACUAUUGAAAAGAGGAGCGGUUUUUGCCGAAGACAGUCGGCUCUUUCCCUACUAUUAUGGAGAGAUUAAUGACGAGGGUACUUUACAUUUUGUUGUAGAGAGAUUAAAACCGAAGUCUCUCGACUCUUUCCGUAUCGAGAAACGAUUAAUGCCGAAGUCACUCGGCACUUUCCGUACUGAGGCGCGAUUACAGCCGAUUCCCUGCUCUGCGCUCGCGACUCUGGCACAUCACUCAUUUAGCGUUGUUUUGGUCUUGACCUAUCCUACUUACAAGCGCAUUUCUCUCCAACAAGAAAAUGGAAACAGCUAACCAGAUUGUGUCACUUGGGACAUUCCAAGUGCUUAAAUUACCUCUGGGAUUUAUCCGCGUUCUGGAAUGGCUUUUUGCCAUCUUUGCAUUUGCAACAUGUGGAGGUUACUCUGGGCAACUGCGGGUUAGUGUGGACUGCAUCAACAAGUCCGACAGCAACCUCAGUAUUGGUAUCAACUUUGCUUACCCAUUCAGGUUGAACCGGGUGGAAUUUGACGUGCCGAUGUGUGAGGGAAGGAGGCAAGAGCGGCUUUACCUGAUUGGAGAUUUUUCUUCCUCUGCAGAGUUCUUUGUCACCAUUGCUGUCUUUUCCUUUCUGUACUCCCUGCUGGCCACAGUGGUCUACAUCUUUUACCAGAACAAGUACCGCGAAAACAACCGCGGACCUCUCAUUGACUUCAUAGUGACGGUGGUGUUCUCAUUUAUGUGGCUAGUGAGUUCAUCUGCCUGGGCAAAAGGUCUUUCAGAUGUGAAGGCGGCAACCGAUCCAGAUGAGGUGGUUCUGCUCAUGUCUGCAUGUAAAGUGCAGACCAACAAGUGCGGCUCAGUGUACGGACCCAGAUGGUCUGGCCUGAACACAUCUGUGGUAUUCGGCUAUUUGAACUUCGUGCUGUGGGCUGGAAACAUCUGGUUUGUGUUUAAAGAGACUGGAUGGCACAAGGGAGGCGCAGCAAGAUACCCUGCCUCAUCCUCAGAAAAACAAGCCACGACCUUCAACCAGCAGGUCUACAACCAGGGAAGCUUUGAUCAAUCAGGAGCUGCUUUUACUGGAACAGGGGACUUCGCCCAAUCAGAGUACAGCCAGGUGGGAAAUUAUGCUUCGAGUGGGCCCAUCUCCUACACCAAUCAGUAACCCCAUCUGCCUCUUUGCAAUUCCCUAAUACAGGGGACCCAUUUCUAAGGGCAAAGUUCAAUAAUGAGCACCACAGAGGAAGGAAGAGAUUAGUUUAACAGAUAUAUUAAAAAUGCAUCCUUUAUUUCUGAUUAGAUAAAGCUUGUUUGUCCAGAAUACUAAUAUGCUUUUAAAAUGAAUGACAGGGAUCCUCAGAUGUAUUGUAUGGUUUUUGACUUUACCUCUCUGUAAAUGUAACCGAAAUAUCACAGUUUACUGAUCAAAGGUCAUUAUAUCCAAAUGUGAAACUCAGCGCAAAAGUUCUUGCUGCAUCAACUCUACAAAUCCAUUGAUUUUAAUAGAGAUGGUGCAUCUUAAGGAAGAGGAAAAAUAAAAGAGUUUACAAAAGUGGCAUUGCGUCACUACAACCAAAAGUUUUUACUCCGACGGUCCAUUUGUAAUCUAAAUAGUAUUUCUGCUUCAUUUGAAACUGAACUGAUUCUUUCCACAGCCUCAAAAUGAUUCCUAUUCAUCAAAUGCUCCAUCAGAGCUUUUUCUAGUGUUAUAAUGUUAACAUAAAUUGUUGUUUGCAACCUAUUUUACUUCCAUAAUGUGACAUAUCUGACAUAGUGGAACCAUUAUGAAUAUAAAGUUGCUAAAAUAGUUUGGUAAAUGGCCAUUGGUUUACACCAUCCAUCGAUACGGGAAUGUCAUUUCAGAGAUGGAGCAAGUUAAUACAUUUUCAUCAAUUAUCUUCAUAAAUAUUAUCAUUUGAGUAACAUUCACAAAUGAAUCGUCCACAAAAAGAGCAGGAAUGUGCGUUAAAGGGAUAGUUCACCCAAAAAUGAAAAUUCUGUUAUCAUUUACUCCCCCUCAUGUUGUUCCAAACCUGUAUAAAUUUUGUUGUUCUGCUG